CCCUUCAGUGUCACUGUGAUCGCUGCAGCGCCAACUCCAGCUGCACGACAGAUGGCGUCUGCUUCGUGGCCGUCAGGAGGUCAGGUAGUCAGCUGAUUACGGAGGGACGCCAGUGUGUUCCUGAAGUUGAACUGAUUCCUCGUGACCGGCCCUUCAUCUGUGCUCCAUCUUCCAAGCUGGACACUGGUGUCUACCCGACCUGCUGCAACUGGGACUUCUGCAACAAGGAGCCAAACAUCGGCCCUCCGAGUAAAUGCAAACUCACACACCCCACCCCACCCACCAAAAGCACACCCCCAAUGGGCCCCGUGGCCCUUGCAGCUGUCAUUGCUUGCCCAGUAUGCGUGCUCUGCCUGCUGCUGGUCUUGGCAUUCUACAUUUGCCACCAUAGAGGUCUGGGGGCUGGAGGAGCUGGAGCCCUCCACCAUCGUGUGCCCAAUGAGGAGGACCCCUCCAUGGACCACCCCUUUAUCACUGUUGGAACAACGCUGAAAGACCUCAUCUACGACAUGACCACCUCAGGCUCUGGAUCAGGGCUACCCCUGCUGGUUCAGAGGACCAUAGCCAGAACCAUCAUCCUCCAGGAGAGCAUCGGGAAGGGGCGCUUUGGGGAAGUGUGGCGUGGAAAAUGGCGCGGUGAGGAGGUUGCAGUGAAGAUUUUCUCCUCCAGAGAAGAGCGGUCCUGGUUUCGUGAGGCCGAGAUCUACCAGACGGUGAUGCUGAGGCAUGAGAACAUCCUGGGCUUCAUUGCUGCUGACAACAAAGAUAAUGGGACCUGGACUCAGCUGUGGCUGGUGUCUGACUACCACGAACACGGCUCCCUGUUCGACUACCUGAACCGCUACACCGUCACCGUGGAGGGGAUGAUCAAGCUGUCCCUGUCCACCGCCAGCGGCCUGGCCCACCUCCACAUGGAGAUCGUUGGAACACAAGGUAAACCAGCGAUUGCACACAGAGACCUGAAGUCAAAGAACAUCCUGGUGAAGAAGAACGGGACCUGCUGCAUUGCAGACCUGGGCCUUGCGGUGCGACACGACUCCGCCACCGACACCAUCGACAUCGCUCCCAACCACAGAGUGGGAACCAAACGGUACAUGGCCCCAGAGGUCCUAGACGACUCUAUCAACAUGAAGCACUUUGAGUCGUUCAAGCGAGCUGACAUUUACGCCAUGGGCCUGGUGUUCUGGGAGAUCGCCAGCCGCUGCUCUGUGGGAGGCAUUCACGAGGACUACCAGCUGCCCUACUACGACCUGGUCCAGUCAGAUCCUUCAGUAGAGGAGAUGAGGAAGGUGGUGUGUGAGCAGAAGCUUCGGCCGAACAUUCCCAACCGCUGGCAGAGCUGCGAGGCGCUGCGGGUGAUGGCAAAGAUCAUGAGGGAGUGUUGGUACGCCAACGGUGCUGCUCGCCUCACGGCUCUACGAAUCAAGAAGACUUUGUCUCAGCUCAGCCAGCAGGAGGGAAUCAAGCUGUAGAUCCAACUGCUACCACACACACACACACACACCCCUCUGACUCUUAUCAAUAGCAUUACAAACUGACUCCUCUGAUCCUCCUCUGUGGUUUCAAGAGGAGCUGAGAUGUUUCAUGUUGCAUUUCAUUAUCUCACUGAUCGACAGAAGAAUCUGGUUGUGUGUGUGUUUGGCUUCACACACACACACACACACGCACACACACACACACACACACGCACACACACACACACACACACACACACUAAUAUGAAGAUGAAGAAUGCUUGUGCCUGAAGUGGAUGAUGGAGGUGCCUGGGAUGCAGCUUCAUUUUCAUCUUCUCCCUCUCUUCUGUAAACGUGUCUUGUUCUUCAGCUCAGAUGUUAGAUGUUCCUCGGUGCGGCUGCAGACCCAGGCUGACGGCGUGAUUGUUACAGAGCGAAGUUCUCUAGAUGUUAGAAGGACACCGUCUCUCAGCUGCCAUUGAUCGUCACCUAAAACUAACGUAGAAGGCGUUUGUGCUCAUCAGCAGCAUCCUGAGACAUCUCCAUCCUUCUAACAGCGGGUGUGAUGCCUCCCCACACCGCCCUACCGCAGGUCCCACCUCAGACCCAGAUGCUGCACUUGUGUUAACAGGUCAGUUAGCACGCAAACGUGUGGUCGUCAUGCCAACACGCUUGGUCUGAUGUGGAUCUGUGUGCAGCCGGUGUUUACAUGCACUUAGGCUAGGUUCUCACUGCAGGUGUUGAUGGUCCCUUCUCAUUGUGGCUCUCCACAUUAUAACUGAGACGCAACACUAAACAUUCUCCAGUGGGGACGUCUCGCGGCACCAAAGCGAGACAGGAAGUCGCACAGUGGAGUCGGAACCAGGAGAGGCGGGGUUGUGAUGUGAAAGCUCUCACUGGGCAUCACACCUGUCAAGUGUCCCGAUCUGGGCUGGAAACCGUCUUAAAAUCUAUGAACUAUUUAUUCCCGCCAUCUUCCUGAAAACGUUCUGCUCUCACAGAGACGCCUCCCACCCCCACUCACGGAGACUGAGACCGGAGAGACGCAGGACGUCCACGGCAUCACGCGACUCUCUCCUGCGCUGACUCGGUGACAUAGGAGGACCGUUCAGAGUCGCAGUCGCUUUCACAAGUAUCAGAUUCAGUACUGCAUGUGAAAGUGACCUGGAUCAGAUUUGAAAAACUCUGAUCUGUGCUGUUCAGACUGUCGUAAAAAAUCGGAUAUGGGUGGCACGUGGGAUCUGAUGCACUUUAGCCUGCAGUGUGAACGUUGCCCUGGAGAAAGCCAAACCGUUGCCGUCGUCUGGCUAAAGUCGCACUUUUGAAAUGCAUGAAGACACCUUAGUCCAGCUGAAGUAGAGCUUAACGGGACUUUAAUGGAGCUAAGGUAUCCAGAUUUAUGUGGCUGCAUCCCAGCUAGGUCCAGCUGUGACUGACCUGGACACGCCCCCUCCUGAUGAGACCUCUGAUGAUGUCAUUGCUCCAAGACUCUGUAUGAAUCUGAUGUUUACUACCAUGAAGUGGUACAUGUACCAAGCAACGUGUGCUGGUGCGUUGUUCUUACCUUUGGCCAUCGUGCACAUCCUGCUUUAGCUUUAGCAUUUGUUUACCGAUCGGCUAACUGGAAUAUGGCGCGUGUCGCCACUUGACUUCAUGGAGUAACCCGAUAAAGGCUCCCAUUGAAGGUACUGGCGUGGUCGUGUCCGUAGCUCGACAUAUGCACACCAACCGGUGGUUCUGGUUCGUGUGUCGGACCUCCAGACCUCAGUGCUUUAGGACGGGUUCUGUCAGUGCGUCGGAUGGGUUAGAGGAGCCGACUGAACGGGUCUGCAGCCCCGCUGGAGCGUUGGGGCCCGGGUUCUGGUCCUCCAUGUGGCGUCGUGAGCUGAACCUUUCUCCUGGUGCUGUCAGGAACCACAGGUCAUCUUGAACUCAUUGUGUUGUUGGAUUUUUUGUUCUGGUGGCAGGGUACUUUAUUGCUAAACUGAACUGGACUCUGUGACCUCAUUCAUUCUUGGCGAACAUGCUGCAACAUAUGCAAUAUACAGUCGAUAAAUGUGUCUAUUUUCUCUACUCUCCUCUGCUAAACUACAAACAGCAAGACCAACAACAAUCAGCUGCCACCAUGCCUUCCAAACCAGCUGUUACCAGAAAGUGCCAGUGCUUUAAAACCCAACUCCUCUCACGUCGGUCGGUCGGCUGCUGUGGUGCGCUGUGCCGGGCCUCUACAGUGUGUGUGUGUGUGUGUGUGUGUGUGUGUGUGUGUGUCUGUGUGUGUCUGUGUGUCUGUGUGUGUCUGUGUGUCUGUGUGUCUGUGUGUCUGUGUGUGUCUGUGUGUGUCUGUGUGUCUGUGUGUCUGUGUGUCUGUGUGUGUCUGUGUGUCUGUGUGUGCGCGCGCGCGCCAGGAAAGGCCUGCAGGAACCCAGGAUACAGCAAGCUUGUACUAUGCACUCCCAGAACAUAGGGACGGGUAGCAAAGGGAACACACACACACACGCACGCACACACACACACACACACACACACACACACACACACACACACACACACACACACACACACACGCACGCACGCAUACACACACACACACACACCAAACUACGACCGCAGACUCUCUGGUGCCAUGCCGUUAGACUUCACCUUCCUCCUGAACAUCCAGCUCCUCUGCAGCUGGAACGACGCUGCCCCCUGGUGGCUCCUACACAGACCUGCAAGCAUUACUGAUGUUUCCUGUAAAUGUCGAUUCUGUUAUUCGUGUGGCGCUGCGACAGCAGCACACGCCAACCUGCAAGACUUCUUGUUAGAUAAUCAACACAAAGCAGUGUGCUACUUUGAUUUAAAUAUAGCAAAUGAAUAUUUACUAAGCCAUAGGUUCACCAGGGGUGUGUUCUUGUUGUCUUUUUCGUUGCACAGCCUUUUUCUACCAGAAUGUACAUUUUAAGACAAAAACAAGAAGUUCUUGUCACUUCAGCUUAGCAAGCCUUAAGGGACCAACACGUAAGAGUCAGCAUACGCUCUUAUCUGUUUUGUUAUUGUUUUUAUUGAGAAGAUAUAUAAAUAUGUAUAUACGAUGAUGGUUGAUUACUAUGAUAAAGUAGUUUGAUUUUAUGUUAAAGACAGAAGAGAUGUAUGUAGCACCUGAUGUAGAGGUUUUCUCAGUCCUGUGAUGGCCAACGCUGCCAUACAUCUGAACGAGUCGGAACUGGUUCUGAGUCUGAACAAAUACUGUCGUCACAUCAGCCAAUCGUCUUCUGAGUUCAGCUGUAUGGCGGGUUGGAUGUCAACGAUUCUGUCCUUCGUCUUCAUUCUUCUUCUGGGUUCAUGGUGUGUUGACGCGCUGCUACGUAACGGUCCGCCGGGCCUUCUGUGCCUGGUUUGGGUCAGUCUGAUUGUGACGUGCCAUGCUGCUUGGAUGCAGAUCUGAGCCAUCAGCUCAGCUGCUGUCAUCAGGUCUAAACACCGCUCCUGGUGACUGAGCUGCAGCUUCUGUGGGCCUGAUGGAAACCAGAACCGGUCUCAGACUAGUUUCUUCCUCCGUUCAGGUCACUAACUUGUGUAGAGAUCAGAAGAAUCGAGACGUGAAGGUAACGAUCUGGUUUGGCUUCAUUUAAGUCCUUUUGUAAGCUACCAACCGCUUCUUCAACACUCGUCGCUCCAUGUGGGCAGUUGGGUUUGGAUCAGUAGAACCAGGGCUGGGCCUGUCGGACCUGUAAGUGGAGGCUCCAUGAUUGUUGCUUUGGACGCAGAUGUUUGUCCACCCCUCUCAUCUCUGCUGCCCUGAGGUUUCCUACGAAGAAAGGUUCUUUAUGUAGAAGUGGUCGGGUGGAAGAGUUGACGUGUUGAGUUUUGUAAAUAUCUUCUGUAGUACUUCUGGGACACCUCGAACAUCACAAGCUUCAUUCUGUCUUAAGUCACCAGCAGCCUUCUAACCUUUCUGUUCACAACACGUAGACAGCUCUUUAUCAUUACUGCCUUGUUUCUGUCAUUCCACCUUCAGCUGGGGGUGUCGGCCCUCACUGCAGCCCAGAUGGUUCAGCUCUCAGGUCCAGAAUCUUCACACAGAGGGGCGACGAUGUUCAGACGGACCUGAGGACAGUCCUCUGAAGACAUAUCUGGUUCUUUAAACAGGUGUUGCUGCUGAAGAACCUUGUUCUUGACCUUCAGUGAAGGCCAUAGUUGAGAUAUGGAGAUGUAGCAUCAUCAACACAACUGAGGAACAUGGUGUCAGGUGGAUUAUACAUUUAACAUCAAAGCCUCUCUUUUAAGGAUCUGGUUAAACCUGCUGACUCGCCUUUACUAGCAGGUUGGGUGGAGUUGGUAACGUCUGAUUUAACAGCUCAGAUCUGAGACCAGCUGAGGGAUGUAGCCUGCUGAGGCUUCUCCCUGAGAGUCUGAGGCGUGUUGGGGGCGGGGCUGCAGUGCGGCUUUGUGACGACAAACGUAGCAGAAGCUUUAUCACAUAUCUUUUUUUGGUGCCUAAGUUGGAUCCGACAUGUUGGCCGUCUCCUCGUCAGAGGGCAGGACUGCGUGUGAUUGUGUGUCUACUUUAUCGAUGUCAUCCAAAAGCUGAGGAGCAUCUUCAGAAGUAUACGGUAACUAACAUGGAAAGGUCACUUAAUCAAAAAGAAAAUACCUCCGAUUAAAGACCAAUGUGUUUUACCUCACUGUAUAUAUUCUUGAUUUGUUUACUCCAGGUCUGCUCUCUCUGGUUUCUAUGAACUGCUUAUAAAGUCUCUUUUUACUGGUACUUUUGUCCGAUGCCAUUGUAUUGUGUCUGUAUUGUGCCUGAGCAGUAUGAUUCCUCUUUUCCCAUGCUCUGUAAAUGACCUGUUGUGUUCUGCGUGAGCUGUACAGUCGAAGCGCUUCGCGGCCCGUUCCGAGUUCUGGGUUCAGUGUCUUCUUUUGUUUAUCUGAAAAAACAAAGGCAGGAGGCUGAGACGGGGGAUGGACUGGGACACAGAAACCCCUCACCAACACUUGGCCUCCUCAGAUGACAGCCCGCGUGGAUUUCUAAAUGUAUUAUUGACCUUUUUUAUAUAGUGUGUACAGAUGACGGAUCAGCAUAGGAACUAGAGGACUGAUACUUAUGUUAACUUCUAACAUAGCUCUAGUAGAAAAUGGUGUGAAUAAAGAAGGUUUCACAGAC